AUGAUUCAAAUCUCGAGUCCACCUACCCGCCAGGUUGCUGACAUUACUACUGGUGGCAGAGGUGGUGGCGGUCGAGGGGCCGUGGUCGCGGCAGAGGCAGAGGUCGUGGACGAGGUGGCAGAGGUCACGGUCGUGGUCGUGGGCGUGGAGGCCGUUUGCGUGGUGCUGCGGCAUAUGAUCCGGCAAAUCCCACUCAGCUUUUGCUACCACAUGUAUGGAAUGCUCUUGAUGACACUACAUGCUCUUAUUUCGGGCUUCCACGGUGCGGCUUUUGGGGCUUCCCGUGGCGUUACCCAAGGUGGAAUUCUAUCACCAACGCUGUUCAAUAUUGCUGUCGAUGCUGUCCUUUGA